AUGGAUCCUGAAGGAAGUACAGGUCAAAUUGAGAACAAUCCUAUGGCCAUGAAAAAUCAUUAUAUCCCUGAUUCAUUUCAAAGAGCAUCCAAUAUUAGAGUCCCAUUAGCACCCACUGUUAAAUUCGAAAUAAAUCCAGAAAAUUUUCAAAUGCUCCCUAAUUUUCAUGGAUUGCCUUUAGAGGAACCUCAUCAGCACUUAGAAAAAUUUCAUAUGGUCUGUGAUUUAGUUAAUCUCCCUCAAGUUACACCGGAAAUUAUUAAGAUGAAAUUAUUCCCUCAUACACUUAGGGACAAAGUUAGUCUUUGGCUAUCCACAUUAGAUAGAGAAUUAACUAGCUGGAAAGAUAUAGAAUAG